UGGGUUAAAAGAUUUCCAACGCAGAAAAUUGCUCGGAAUACUUGAAAGGUAAGUUAAUCUCAUCCGUGUGAAAUAAUAUUGAUGAUGCAGCUGAUACCAACGUCAAAGAUCACCCGAGCCAGAAAUUACUUGAAAUCUCUGCUCUGACGCCCAGCCGGAGUAUGUCAACUGUUUAUUUUUGCUUCUCCGUUUGUCUUCACGUUAAAUAAUCUAUUUAACCCCCAAUAAUUACAGCUUAAAUAUUUAGGUGCCGUUUCGUGUUAAUUAAAAGACCCAUACGUGCGCAUUAAAAUAAUGUCUAAGUAAAAUUCUAAUCAGUUUCGUCAUCACUUAAGCUACCAAUUGUGAUUUUUUCUUCUUCUCUUGCAAACAUGUCACACAGCCGACCGAUUAAUCACACAGUGAUAUAAAAGUGUGCUUAAACCAUGUUUUAAUGACGCAAAAUCAAAUGAAAUCUCUAAUGUAAAUGUUUUAUGAAUUCAUUUAAAUCGAUUGAUAAAUAUAAUGCUUUAACCUGUAAAAAUCAGUUAAAAAGGAUAUGAAAAGAACCUUUAAAUUCUUUUUUGUAAAAUUUUAAUUCGGUGCACAAGAACGCAGAGCUUAACAUUUCCUUUCUGCUCUAUGUUCCUUGAGUCAGAAAAAAUAAGAAAAACGCCUUCCAAAAAAACCAUAGAAUAAAUGUUUAUUGGGAGUCAUGAACAGUAUUAAACACAGAUCCCCUGCUGACAUAUUCAUGAAUUUCCAAAACCAAUGGAAAAUACUUAAUAACCAAUGACAGAAUCUUAAAAACAGUACUAUUAUCUUAACAGCUGGAAUGUAAUGUUUGGUUUUACAGUUUUCAAGACAAGCAAAAGUUUUUUUUUCAGUGGAGGAUCCAGGGGAGGGCUCCUCCCCCCCUGAUUUGUAAACCAAAUGAGGCCCAAAGGGCCGAAAAAAAUUUGUUUUGAAAUGCCUGAAAUCACAUUGAAAAUGACAGUUUUAUAGUCUGAUUUGGGGUCAGAAUUCGAAUAAUUAGAACUGGGCAGCACAGCUCCACCACGAAUUCCCUGGAAUACCCCCUCGGGAGGUAGAUCUACCCCCAGACUAAAUCACUAGACAGAACUCUGUUCAAGCCCUGAACCACUGAUUAAAAUAGUUACUUAUAUUAGUGUAAAUAAUUAUUACUACAAUACAUACAUCAUACAUUUAUUUAGCACAUCCCCAUCUGGGACUAUUCAGUGAUCAAAUAGGAUUACAAAAUUAAAAAUAUACAGGAUUACAAGAGCAAAAUCUAUACAUUUUAACCUAUUCACAUAAUUUGGGCAACAGUUUACAAUUUAUUGAUUAAAUUGAGAAAAAUACCUUUUCACAGAUUUGGUAUUAAGCAGUUCUAUUUAUUUUUUCAAACAAUACCAUAAUCUAGAACAGUGUACAUCACAUAACAGUGCCUAUUGAAACUUGUCAAUGCAUAUUUUUUACCAAUCAAAAGUAUACCUGUUAUUUGUAGUUGGAAAUUGGUGAAACAUCGAUCCAAAAAAUUUUUUUGCAGACCUGUGGAGGUAAGUAAACAUAAAGCAAAUGUUAAAGAGCUGAUUCUAAAUAAAUAGAGGAUUGUUAAAGGAAGCAAAUUAAUUAUAAAAUGAUAAGAAUAUGUAUGGUAAGCCUCCAUUACCUUAAUUUUGAUCGACCACUGAGUGUUUUUUUUCUUUUACAGCUCAGGGACUUUUCAACAUAUAAAAUAUAUACUAGUUAUCUUGAGGAAACCUUCAUUGUGGUUUUAAAUAUGGACGCCAGUGAUUGCCAAGGUUGUUGCUAUGGCAACAUAGAGACCGAAGCUAGCAACAGAGACAUGAUAGAGAAACAUGAUACUGUUUAUUGUCAAGAGUUUCAACAACAUACCCAAAGCAAGGAUCCUGUUAGUCCAGAUCAUCUGAAACACUCUGUUCCUGAUGACAACUUGACAAGAUUGUCAAACAUGAAUAUCUGCAUUGGUGAUGAAGUACAUAGUGCUAAUGAACCAAUGCCACACCAAUACUGGUCAUUGGCAACUUUUCCACCGGAGUUAAUUCUUGUGAUCUUUUCAUAUCUUGAUGCACGUUUUACAUUAAGGGUGUUGGCAUGUGUAUGCAAACUGUUCCAUAGUCUUCUAUCAUCUGAAUCUAGCUGGAAAACAAGAUUUGGUAAACGAUGGCCAAGAAGGAACAACAGGGAAGAUUAUGACUUUGUAUCAAGGUUUGAGUGACAGUUUUGCUGAUGUUGCCACUGUGGUUUCUUAAGCUCCCAUAACAAGUUUCCAGUAGGCACUGUGUUUUUAACUUAUAUUAAUUUUGUUUUGUAGUUGGAAGAGAAUAUGUGUUCAGCAAGAGGAUCUGGACAAGUUUUGGCAUGAUCCCACGUCCUCUCUGGACUUUUAUCAGCUAAAAGAUCAGCAUUUUGCUCCAGUGGAUACAGUUCACAUCAUGAAUAGUGCUAAUCUGUGCAUCUCAGGGGCGAGAGAUCGUGCAGUGGGUGUGUGGAGUCUAUCAGCUUUAGCAGAUCCCCUGGAGGAAGGAUAUGCUAAGAAGUCUUUUAAGCAAUCACUUGAUGGGCACAGGGUAUGUUUACAUCUUGUUACAACAAGAUUUGGUAAACUCCGGAGGCAGCGUUGCCAAGUGGUCAGCACGUUAGACUCACAAUCUGAUGGUUCCAGGUUCGAGUCCCGCCCUGUUCACUUGCUGGGUUUGUUUUCGGUUGUCCCAAGUUCAAAUCCUUGGCCACGCUUGUAAAUAGCGGACUGGUUCCCUCCUGCCAGUUGGGUUUUUAAUCCUGUUAUGUUAUAUUUAAAUUAUUUGUUUCUAAGUAUUUAAGUGGAGUGCCUGUAAACUAGCUGAGUAAGCUAAGUGUAACUUUGCACUAUAAACAAGCCUUUAAACCUUUAAACAGUUAAUAUUAGUAGUAAUAGUAUUAAAGGUUUUUCAUUGAUCUUAUGAUGGACACAGAGUUUGUGACAUUCAAGUUGAUCCUUGGCAUGUAGCAAGGCCAUGUAGAUGGCUUCAGAGUUAGGUUGGUUCCUGAAGAAAUAGCAUUAUUAAGAUAUUAAUUAAUUAAAUUACAGGGCUGAUUACCUCACUGAUCUCUUAAUAGUGCUUGGACAUCUCUCAAGGGACCUGAGGAUAAGUGAUAUUCAUUGAUCAAUAGUCUAAAUGAGUUAGCUGAUCUCCUGUGUGUCACAGUUAUACCAGUAGGUCUAAAAUACAGGUCACUUGUCCACAGGUCAGAGUACAGGUCACCAUGAUACAGAUAAAUGAAUAGCAUUAUAAGCGUCUCCUAGCUCUGACCUCUUAAAAUAAUGCUCUGUUAGAUUGAGGGGAAUCUGUGUGGUUUAGUAAUUUAUCAAUGGAGCAGUGACCUGUAUACUUGAACUGUGGAACGUGACCUGUACAUUAGACGUGGCCCAGUUAUACAUAAUUGUAAUGCAUUUAUAACACUUUGGUGAUUUCAGGGUUGGGUUUGGUGCCUUGGUAGUGACCCCACAGGGGCUCCGAGAGUGUGCUCAGGAUCUUGGGAUGGUAACAUCAAAUUGUGGGACCUUCAGGGACAAAGUGCUGAGAUGACUACAAUCAGGUGCAUAAUAUUGAAUUGACAGAUAGUUACAGUGUGGUGUUUCACUCAAUCUCACAAUUAAGGCCCACCUUCAUCUUAUCCUUCAUCUUAUGGGUUAUAUAACCAUUUGGUUUUCUAAUCAGGGGUGUCAAUAAGCACCGACGGCCAACGAAACACAUCACGGGCUACUUUGCUCAAGAAGUCGGCUACUUUUUUCUAGAAAGAAGAAGCAACUAGUUUGAAUAACGUUGUAAAGGAAAAAUAUAUCAUAAAAUCUGAAUGAAAAUGUAAUAAUGUGUUUUCGUAAUAUAAAGGCCCAUUGGUUUUACGUUAUGCUUUAGUUAUGUGAACACUACAUUUCAGUUAUUUUUUCACAAGUUUCUUUAUAGGUUUAAAAAAGUAUGUAAUUUAGUUCAUUUGUUCGUUGCUUCCAUGAAUUGUUUGUGCGACUGAUAAAUUUAAUAUAGAAAGCUACAUUUUCUUGAAUGAAAAACAUACUCUUCUGUCCUCAAUUUUAGUUCCCAGAAUGCUGAAAAUGGCAUUUUAGGGCUUUGAAGUUUCAAAAUUUUCUUGGGCAGACCCCGCUCAUCCCCCUACCCCCCUAGGAAAAGGGGACUAACGACCCCUUGUUGAUGACUUCAAUUUUUAUUGAAACCCCUUGCUAAUUUUUAAAAACCUUGCAUUCUUUAUUUUAGCAAUUUAGUAUUGGUUGAUGCUUUGAAAUGAUGGAGUUUUAUGUCGUAGAAAGUUUUCUUUGGUGUGAAGUGCAUCCAGGGAAACCUUUAAAAACCUGCAUAUACACCAACAUAAAUACACAUACUUAAACAACAUAUACACAUAAUAAUUACUAAUCAUGAAGUAUGUCUCAGCUGGAUUUAUAUGAAAAGUUGUCUAUACCUUAGGUUUUUGGAUCAACAAACACUCACAAACAUUUAAAAAAUGCCCUGUAUGGUUUCUAAAAUAAUGGUAUCAAAGAAAAGUGCUACUUGGUAGUCUUCUCUCGAUGACCAAACAUGUAUGUUUUGGGCAUGGCUCAUUGAUUGUUGCAGAAAUCAAAACACACUGUAUAGAAUCGAAGUAAACCCUCAACAUGGCACAAAAUUGACCACUACAGAAAAUACCAUAACAUACCAUAAUGCUCUUUGUUUGUCACCCCAACAUUUUGCAUAAGCAUUGUUUUCAGUUUCUCUUGGGACGAUUUUAACUCCCAAGAGAAACAUGCAAAAUUUUGGGAUGACUAACAAAGAGCAUUAUGGUAUGUUAUGUUGUUUUCUUUAGUGGUCAAUUGCAUUACAGCUCUAAUUUGAUUGGUCACAUGUUAGGAUUUGCAUACAAAGAAUAAAAUUAAUGCUGAGAUGAGACCCAUCAGGGUAUGAAACACUGCUGAAAUUCUCUGAUAGUCUUGUUUUGCAAACCAUAGUUAGUAGAGGAUUCAAACCAGUAAAUGCCUGAGCAUCAAAAUCUGGCUCAAGUAUAUGGUAUUGGCCAGACUGCAGAGUUCUGUGCUGUGGUCACCUCUCUGAGAUGUUUUAACAUAAAGUCCUGUAUCGUUGUUGUCCCUUUGUCGUGAACUCAUUUAACAGGUAUGUUUUUUUCUUUUUUUUGAACUUACAGUGCCCAUAAGGCAGCUGUGUUGUGUUUGUCUUGGGAACAGGAUAUGCUAAUUUCUGGCUCUUAUGACAGAACCAUUGUCAUGUGGGAUCUUAGAGGUAAGUGAAAUCACUCAUCUUACCCUGGCCUAUUGUUUCAUUGGCUCAACUCAAGCUGUUGCAUUUAUCAUAAUAAUAAUUGUAUAGAUUUAGCCAGGCCUAAAUGUGAAGCAUUUGCCUAUACAUUUAUACAUGAAAGACCUUGAUUCUUUGUUAUCCUUCUGCUUAUUUUAUAACAACUUUAAAAGGCCACAGCCAUUAACAGAGCCGUGCUUUUAGUGCUGAGUUAGUGAUUUUAUGUAACUUUGCAUGUAACUUUGAAACAGUAAAUAGCUUGAAUUCUUCCUUGUUCUGCCAGCUGGAAAUUUUGAAAAAAAAAACUCUUUACAAAGGCACACUAAACCUGUGCUGUGUAUUACUGUUAUAAAGUUGAUACCAUCCAUCAGUUAAUAGCGGGGCUGCCAUGAAAGCCAAAUGGCAAAACACAGUAACUGAUAUUAUCAGGGGUAUCAUAUUGGCAAGAGGUUUAAGGUGUAAUGGAGUAGCUUUGGUCAUUUUUUCUUAUUAUUCUGCCUGGUGAUUCUACAAGCACGUUUAAGGUUGCAGAAAACCUUAACUGUGUCUAUUAAGCAUCCAUUGAUUAAUAUUUCAGGGGAUUUGUGAAAGCCAAAUGGUAAAUCACUGAUAACGGGUCCUACUGUUCAAUGAAGAGAGGUCUGCAAUUUCAUGAAAGUGAUGGGCUCAUUUUUUUAUUAUUUUAGCUGGUAAUUCUAUGAGUACUGUAAGAAAAACACACUAAAUCUGUAUCAUGUCUUACUGUGAAAGUUAGUACUAUGUUUUAAUAACUAGCAGAGGUGCCAUAGAAACCAGCUAUCCUGUACUGGCCAUGAAUUUGGUCUCUUAAUGGAAGCUGGCCUGGUUAAGCGGUUAACAUGGUUCUGAUUCUUUCUUCAACAUUCCAGCUGGCAAUUCCAUAGGCUCUUUAAAGAACCACAGUAAACCGGUCCUUUGUCUUACUGUUGAUGACCGUUUUAUCAUCAGUGGAAGCGAGGAUAAAACACUCUCCGUGUACGACAGAAGGGCUGCUCAAGUUUAUAAAAGUGUUAAGGUACCGUUUGGUGUUCCUUCACUAUAUAAUGAAUAAUUAUCUAAAGUAAUGAAAAAGAGUAUGAUCUUUAAAGUAAAACUAACAACCGAAGCGGUUGAAAAAGAACCUGAAAAAGUUCAGGCUUGAUCGGAAUCGCAUCCUGACCUUUGUUAUGACCAGACGCAAUGCUCUAUCCAUCGAGCUAAUCAAGCUAACUGGAGAGCAGGCCAUUGUGAGUUCGUAAUAUACCCGAUGGUGGAAAUCAUAUUAAUUGAAAUAUGAAAUGAAACAUAUUAUGAAGCGCCAAUAAAGAUAUGAAAGUAAGCAUGAUCUUCACAGUAGAAUGAACAACCUAUUAAAGGGGUUUAAAAAGAGCAAGAAAAAAUUCAGGCUUGACCGGGAACAAACCCUGAUGCACUUCAUACAUUUCAGUUCAUAAUAAAAAUUAUCUAAAGUAUUCUCCUUGUUAAGGUUGCUUAAAUGCCGAGGGUUGUCCAAUACACCCGCACCGUAACUGUCCGUAUAAGCCAUGUGUCGAUCCGUACGGAUCGAACGGAUCGACAACAGGGGUAUACGGUCUGUAAAGAGUGUUUUACGGUCCAGGUUAGUUGUGAGGAUUUCAUGUAAGUAAAAGUUCCCAUGUGUAGUGUUUUUAGUGUUUUUGUACCCUUUAGAAACGUCUUGUAUAUUUAUAUUAUAAAUAAAAAGCUGAAGCAUUUUUUUAAUAGCUAUGGUUUAACCAAAUUAGGCAAAGCAUUAUUGCUUUCUGGUGUACGUUAGUGAUACCUGGUGUACUUUAGUGAUUUUUUGGUGGUUCAUUUGACAGUUAUAAGGCUUUUUGCUCAAAAGUCAGUGCUUUUUGGUAACGGUUAACUUACAUUUUGAACGUUGGAUUGUCGUCCCCAGCUUAAAACUCCAGUGUUUAGCUUGUGCCAAAGCUCCACAUGUGGCUACAAUUACCUGAGAGUCGGGGGCAGAGAUGGCCGCCUGCACAUGCUGGAUACAACUGCCGAUAGAUUUGAGGAACUAACAGUGAGUUGAAAGAUUCUUUUGGGAUUUAGCAACAUCUAGUAUUUAGGAGAUUUAACAGCAAGACUAUAAAAAGGACCCUAUGCAACAACAAACCAUAACAGGCGAAAGAAUUGGCACUUUUUUUGCCAUCCUAUACAACUGCGACAUAGUAACUACGACGAAUUUAUCUUCUCUCUCCGAAACUUGGUGCAGUACCUAAAACUGAUUCAUUUCCUAGAAAAUCUAACUACACUUUUUCGAAUUGGACUCAUAUAAAUUCCCAACAAACUUAGUAUUUCAUUUCAUUUCAUUUUUUGGUUUAUUCAGAUAUUUACAAUUUUUAAUUAUUUUCUCAGGCGACCUUUUGUGCAGUUGAAUAACUAGAGAGCACAUCUAAUUUAACUAGAGAAAAUAAAAUUCAUCGUUGGAUGUCUACCACCUUCAUAAAAUGUCCCAACUGGAAAUUACACGUCUUAGUUCGCAGAGGAUAACAACUUAGAAAUGUACUAAACAGUGCCGGAUCCACACCUUGAGAUAAGGGGGGCCCGCUCAUCUAGACCCUUAGAUAAGGGGGGGGGAGGGCGGUCUCCAAAAAAAAAAAAAUUCGGUCCUUCGGGCCUCAGUUUGGUCUAAAAAUAAAGGGGGGACGCGCCCCUUGGGCCCCUCCCCUGUAUCUGCCACUGCUAAAGAGAGUGAUGAAGGGGCAAAUUUGUUAUGUCCGUCACAAUCUGAUUCUGGGAGUCUUUAAAUAUUUACAUGUGGUGCGAUACUUGAAUGAUGUGAGAAGGUUUUUAUUCAACAACAUGUGUAUAAGCGAGACAGGGAGCUUCUUAUAUGUGGCUGAUUGUUUGUUCACUGUUUUUAGCCCAGUAUAGAACUAGGACAGGAAUCAAAUGGAAAAAUCUCUGGAAUCUGCCACUACGGCGGUGCAGUUGUUGCUUGUUCAACUGACAAAAGUAUUAAGGUACGACAUAUUAAAGCGGCUCUGUCAUGGCUGUUUACUUUGUUUUUGAGCGACUCACGUCAACCGGGAGUGAAGCAAUCUCCCUUUUAAUGUGCCUUGAAGCAACAAAAGUUGUGUGCUUAAGUGCCUUUAAAGGAGCUGUGUCACAAAAUUCAGCUAAAUUAGGAAAUUACAAAAUGCCCGUUAAAUUAAGAGAAACAUAAAAAUAACCGCUUAAAACUUUAAAGGAAGGUUAAAAUAACAUAACAGAAAUAACAGAUGCCACGGAUGGGCACGACUGAAGAAGAUUGAAAACGGAUUGAAAUUAGGGUUUUUGAAAACUGUUCAGCCUAACAGUUUUUCAAAGUUGAUCCCUGCUGCUUACAACUUCAAAAAUAAUGCUCAGGAGACAUAUUUGUUUGAGUCGGAUCUCUGAUUUUGUCAAUUACAUGUAAUUUCUUUGCUUACAUGUACUUUAAGUUCCAUAGCAAUUGAGGGCGAGUAAUUGGGAAAUGAACUAGACUGCCGUGACACAGCCCCUUUAAGGUCCCUAAUAUUAACCAUUGGAAUGUGGGAUUCAAGUUCCACUGACAAAGUAUCUGGAAUCCAGGACCUAGAUUCCGGAAUCCACAAUCCAAGACUGUCUUGGAUUACUACAUACAGUGAAACCUCUAUUAAGCGGAUCCCCAAUUAAGUUGACACCGUCUAUUAAGCUGACACUAAGCCAGGUCCCGCAAUUAACGACGUAUACUUCUCUUUAUAACGAACCCUAUUGAGCGACACCUCUAUUAAGCGGACACAGACACUAAGAUAAGUUUUAUUUGGCUAAUUUCUAUUGUUAAAAACCUCUUUCAAGCGGACACCGGACUGAAUUGACGAUAGUAGUAUUGGAUUACGUCCUUGAAAUACGGACUGAAGUCAGUUAAUGUUUUUGCAUUUACAAACAAAUUAAAGUUGGUAAUGAAAGGUGAUGAACUUGAACUCUGGAUAGCUUCUUUACCAACAUGCAACUUUAUCACAGUACACAGUAACCGUUCGAUGUUGAUCCGUAACAAACAUUGCACAAUUUCUACAACCUCUAUUAAGCGGACACUUAGGAAGGUCCCGAAGGUGUCCGCUUAAUAGAGGUUUCACUGUAUCUUACAUGAGGAAAACUGUCAUACGAUGUCUGGUAAAAUGACAGGGAUGUUAGAAAACUGAAUAAAGUUUUGAUAUCUCAGUGCAUCGCCCAGUUUCCUUUAAUGUGUCUCUAUCUUAACUGCCCCUCACAGAAUGUCAAGUCAACGAGCCGCCAGGAGAAACGAUUGUGUAUGUCUCGGUGUUAAAUCGUGCCGAAGAGUAGAUCACUUUACAUGCAACUCAAAGAGGGUGUUGUUUGUGGCGGAGUGUAGUACUCAUCUUAAUGAUCGUCAACCACUAAUAUCUGUUGCCAACUUUUGUCCGUUUAUUUGGUGUUUGUUCUACAGGUAUUGGAACCGUCCCGUGUUCUUUCCGUUAUUCAUACAUUUGACUGUCAUACCGGAGAAGUAACAGCGGUAAGUAAAAGUUUCUUUGAUAGUUCGGCUGUUUUUUACGUUGUCACACAACUCUCUUCCCUCCUAGUUGGAAGAAGCGUUGCGUGACGACACCCAGAACUGUGGUGUAGCAGACAACGUAGUCUCUUACGUAGCUGUAUUUUUUACGUCAUGCACAGCUCCGCACCACACUGCGUGACAACAAAAACAGCUGCUACGUGGGCUUCACUCAGCCUGCGUGCAGGCGUUGAAAGGGGAAAUGGGGAGGAGGGGAAAUCGGGCGCUCUUCACCCCAUUCCAGGAGCGCCAGAAUUCCCCCCCCCCCCCUUCCCCUUUUCCCUUUUGAAGCCUGCCAUACAGGCCACGUGAUAAAAAGUGGUGAGAUGAGAGGUUAUAGAAGUCUGCCUCACGUCAAUAUUGCUAGAUCUACUGGAUCAAGGACGAGGAAUUGCUCAAACAAAAAUCCCGCAGGCAAAAUAAAAAUCCCGUUGUCCCGUAAUAAUUCACAUAUUCAGAGCCUACAUCGGAGGUUGAUGUUGGCUUGUGCUGAUAGUAUUGAGCACAGACCGUCGACAGGUACAUGCGCGCAAGGUUGAGAAACCCGUCGUAUCUUGAAAUGUGAAAUAUGACUUAUUGCGCACAUCCUCGCUUCAGCAUUUUUUUUUUCUUAAUCUAUUUUCUUGCCUCAGAAAGUUUGUAUAAAAAUUAUUGUAAUUUCCUUUCAGGUAAACAGCGGAGGCUCGGUGUUAGCAUCAUGUUCAAGUGACCUUACUAUUGGGAUAUGGAGACCCAAAAGUCUGAGGCCCGUGGCGAUUAUCUGA